GCUACGUCCCGCCCCAUCUAUUCUAAAUGCCUUAGUAAAUACACAUCAUCCACUUUCUUUGGUUCUUAUAUACAAUAUAGGUCAUAUUCAAAUGUAGUGUUAGUUAAAAUGACGCCUCUGUAUUCCAUAUGCAAGUUUAGCAGACCUCGCCAUUUCAGGAGAACUAUCAUUCUGGCUCCAGAUUACUCCCUUGGAACUAAUUCAAGGAAGGCAAUUUUAGCUCCCCUUAAUUUAUGUGGUAUCGAUGUGGUAAUAUAUCUUUAAAGACUCCACAUAAUUUAAGUUAGAGGAGCAGUUCAUGACUCUCCUCAAUUUGCGUUGAUGGCGAUGUCUGGUGUGGUCGUUACAGAACCUAUUAGUGGAGACAUGUUAACAAUGGCAGCAAACGUAUGACAACUCUUUAACAAGUAAUUAUUUAGAUAUUAAAAAAAAUUCUGUUUUAUUUAUUGGUAAUGAAGAGCCAUAAGUUCCAAGUGUAUUAAACGCUGUUGUACCUUUUUUAAUUUCAGCUAUUCUGCUGUCAUUAUAUCAUGCCCAGUCAAAGAACGAAGUAGGCCAUUUGCGAUUUCGGUCACCACGAAUAAUUCAACUUCGAUAACAAACAUCAUAAAAAUUACCUACCCAUCACAGAAGAAUAAGAAUAACAUAACGGUAUGCGGACCCGUGCUACAUUCCCACUACAAACACGUACAUGCCAUUAUUUCUUUUAUAGAAAUGAACAUACUUCUAGGCGCUCAGAGAUUCGUUUUAUACAACUACAGUGUGACACCGGAAGUGAGCCUCGUUCUCAGUGGAUAUGUAAAAGAGGGUCUUCUUGAACUCGUGCAGUGGGAUAUACCUGUAAAAGAUAUUCAUUAUUUCGGCCAGAAUGUUAUAAUCAAUGACUGCUUAUACAAGCAUCUUCACGUGUCGCGGUAUCUGGCGUACUCGGACGUGGAUGAACUAAUUAUGCCCCAAAAACAUAAAACCUGGAUGGCUUUGAUACAGAGUGUUCGUAAACGUACUCCAAAUGUUGGGUCUAUUGCGUUUAGGAACACCUUCUUUGGCACAAAUGGAAAUUGGCGGAUGGACACUAAAGGAUAUAACCAGUCGAAAGAGGCGCGGCUGUAUCGUGUAACUCCUCUUCUUCGUGUUUGGAGAGACAAAAAAAUAUUGCCUGCAUUUUCAAGAACCAAGCAAAUUGUGAUUCCAGAAAGGGUUCGGUCUGUGAGGAUUCAUUUAGUUGACAAACAUAUGUACAGAAAACAGUUUGAGGCGUACGUGGUGUCUCCCAAGGACGGAUUAUUGUACCACUAUCGCUGGGUGUCUGGGGUGAAAGAGAAAAUCAAAGAUGACAGACUUAGAACGUACAGCGAUAUGUUGUUAAGUAGUGUUAAAAGGAGACAUUUCCAGUUUGUAACCGGCAAGAAAGUCUAACUAUAUUUUACUCUGAUUAUUCAGUUUCAUUUAAACUUGUACUAAAAAUAUGAUCUCUUUUAACUCUCUCUCUCUCUCUCUCUCUCUCUCUCUCUCUCUCUCUCUCUCUCUCUCUCUCUCUCUCUCUCUCUCUCUCUCUCUCUCGCUCUGUUUGGUAGGGAAUUAUAUUGUUUACACAUACCCACAUUCUUAUCAUAAAGACAUAAAUUAUCACAGCCGUAUGCAUCCUAUACUAAAUUUAAGAAAAUUGUAUCACAAUUGUGUUGCUCCCUCUCUCUAUCUCUCUAUCUCUCUCUCUCUCUCUCUCUCUCUCUCUCUCUCUCUCUCUCUCUCUCUCUCGUUAACAACAUAACCACUAGUAACUCGAAUAUCUACACGACGAACUGUUCUCUGCCAGAUAUACUUUUACAGGAGCCUUCUCAGAUGUUUCACCGACCAGUGAUCCAUAACUUGUUCAACAAAGGCCAUGGUUUGUGCUAU